GCUCUCUUUGCAUUCGAUAAUACUACUAGUCAUGCUGCUUAUGUAUACAAUGCUCUUCUAGCAAAUAAUAUGAAUUUGUUACCCGAUAGAAAACAGGCAAAAAUGAGAAGUACCAUGUAUGAAAAUGAUAUUAAACAAGACAUGUAUUUUCUGAUAAAAUAUGAGAUUUCUGAAUUGCAUGGCAAACCAAAAAGUUUAAAAAAAGUUCUAAUUGAAAGAAAGUUGUAG